CCCAAAACGUCACCGUGGARGAGAUCGUGGCCGCCUACAAGCAAGCCUGCCAGAAGCUCAACUGCAAGCAGAGCGCCAAGCUCCUCAAGCAGCUCCAGGAAUUCAAGGAUUUGGCUCCCCGGAUAGACUGCUUGGAUCUGAAAGGGGAGAAGCUGGAUUACAGGGCGUGCGAGGCGCUCGAGGAGAUCUUCAAACGGGUCCAGUUCAAACUCGUCGACUUGGAGCAGACCAGCUUGGAUGAAGACGGCGCCUCGGCGCUCUUCGACAUGAUCGAGUACUACGAGUCGGCCACGCACCUCAACAUCUCCUUCAACAAGCACAUCGGCACGCGCGGCUGGCAGGCGGCCGCGCACAUGAUGAGGAAGACCAACUGCCUGCAGUACGUGGACGCGCGCUGCACGCCGCUGCUCGAGCCCUCGGCGCCCUUCGUGGCGCGCGCGCUGCGCAUCAGCAGCAGCCUCGAGGUGCUGCACCUGGAGAGCGCCAGCCUCUCGGGGCGCCCGCUCAUGCUGCUCGCCACGGCGCUGAAGAUGAACAUGAACCUGCGCGAGCUCUACCUGGCCGACAACAAGCUCAACGGGCUGCAGGACUCGGCUCAGCUCGGCAACCUGCUCAAGUUCAACUGCUCCAUUCAGAUCUUAGACCUGCGCAACAACCACAUCCUGGACUCAGGCCUGGCCUACCUCUGCGAGGGGCUCAAGGAGCAGCGGAAGGGGCUGGUCACGCUGGUGCUCUGGAACAACCAGCUCACUCACACGGGCAUGGCUUACCUGGGCAUGACGCUGCCGCACACGCAGAGCCUCGAGACCCUGAACCUGGGCCACAACCCCGUGGGCAACGAGGGCGUCCGCAACCUCAAGACCGGCCUCAUCGGGAACCGCUCCGUGCUCCGCCUCGGCCUGGCCUCCACCAACCCCGGCCGCGGCCACAAGGUCUUCGUGGUGACGCGCGUGGAGGCGCCGCCGGAGCCCCCCCGGGACUCGCGCGGGACCCUGCCCGCGGCAGCACCCAUGGGUGCGGCGCCCUGCGAGGAGCCGCUCCGCGCCGCGCCGCUGCCCAACGGCCUCAAGACGGAUUUCGCCCGAGCGCUGCCGGCCGCCGCCGGCGCCGGGAAGGCCGGGAGCUGCGCCGUGGAGCACGAGCUGAACUGCUCCAAGAACGAGAAGGAACUGGAGGAAUUGCUGCUGGAAGCGAGCCAGGACGCGGCGCAGGAGCCGCUGUGAGCGCAGAGCACUUUCCUGCCCGAAACGCUUCCCGAGCAGUUUCCUGCCCGAAACGCUUCCC